AUGGAGAAUGAGUUUUUUCUAAAUGCUGGAAUCCCACCACCACUUCACUUUGACCAAACAUCUUCAAUGCCGGCAUGGCGUUCUUCGUUCUCGACCGCCAUGGACAUCCAACCCACCGCCAUGGCAGACCGGAAUUGCUCAUCAGAGCAGUCACCGGAUUGCUUCUACAAUCCCAACUGGGACAAGUCAGCCGACCAGAACAUCCACUUCGAGUCAGCCCUGAGUUCAAUGGUGUCUUCUCCGGCGGCAUCAAAUUCCAACAUCUCCAAUGAGAGCUUUGUGAUCAGAGAGUUGAUAGGAAAGCUUGGAAACAUCGGGAGCUCCGGUGAGAUCUCGCCGCACUCUCAGUCCUUGUUGGGAAUUCAGGCGAAUACUUACAUGGGUAGAAAUGGAAAUGGAAAUGCAAGCACCAACACUUCAUGUUAUAGCACUCCUUUGAACUCGCCUCCCAAGCUGAGCUUGCCCAUCAUGGAUCAUCAUUUGAAGAAAGAAAAGCUGCCCAAUAUGGGAAAGCCCAUGCCUUUGAAUUCUAGUGUGGCUGAGUUCUCAGCUGACCCUGGAUUUGCAGAAAGAGCUGCUAAAUUUUCAUGCUUUGGGAGCAGGAGCUUCAAUGGCAGAACAACCCAACUUGGAAUGAACAACAACAACAGCAGCAACAACAAUACUGAGCUGCCUUAUAGAUCUAAUGCCAUUAUGGGAAAUGGUAAGCUUCCUCGGGUUUCGAGCAGCCCUGCUCUUAAGGCACUUGGAUCUCAGACAGGUCUGCAAGAAAAGAUGAAUUCUUUGCUGCAGGAUCGAAAUGAGUUGCCCAUUUCUCGAGAGGAAUCAACACUUUCUGAACAAAACCCAAAUGGGGAGACAGGGUUGGUAGCUUCCAACUCCAUGGAUUUGAAUUCCAGGAAAAGAAAAUCAGUUUCCAAGGGAAAAGCUAAGGAGCCUCCACCAAUAUCAUCCCCGUCUCCCAUUGCUACAAAGGGGGCUGAACUUAAUGAUAAUUCUAAUGCAAAGAGAAGCAAGCCAAAUGAAAAUAAUGGGAAUGAUCAAAAUGGCUCUGUUAAAGCAGAGGAGGAUACAAAGGGAAGCACCAGUAGUGAUGAGAAGCAAACCAAGACUGGUCCAAAGCCACCUGAGCCUCCCAAGGACUACAUUCAUGUAAGAGCAAGAAGGGGUCAAGCCACUGACAGCCAUAGUUUAGCUGAAAGGGUCCGAAGAGAGAAGAUCAGCGAAAGGAUGAAGCUUCUUCAAGAUCUUGUACCUGGCUGUAACAAGGUCACUGGAAAAGCACUUAUGCUUGAUGAGAUUAUAAAUUAUGUUCAGUCAUUACAACGUCAAGUCGAGUUCCUCUCUAUGAAGUUGGCUUCUGUGAACACCAGGCUGGAUUUCAACAUGGAUGCUCUAAUGUCAAAAGAAAUAUUUCAACAAAACAACUCUUUGCCACAACAUCCAAUAUUCCCAUUAGAUUCCUCGGCACAAGCCGUUUAUGGCCACCAGCGCCAGCAAAAUCCAGCACUACAGAACAACAUUUCUAAUGGAGCAGUGGACCCCUUAGAUACCUCACUAUGCCAAAGCCUUGGGAUGCAGUUACCUCCACUCAGUGGUUUUAGCAGUGAAGGCAUUCCUCGGUUUCCAGAAUUUGGUGAAGAUGAUCUGCAAACCAUUGUCCAAAUGGGGUAUGGUCAAAAUCCAAAUAGGGAAACAGAGUUGGAUGGUUCAAAUCAAGUAUCCCACAUGAAAAUUGAGCUCUGA